CGUUUUUCUUCACCUUGAUUUUUUUCAAGUCCAAGGCGCAUCAGCUGGUGAAUCGCAAAACUUGCAUUAUUCCUCUCUACACGGCAACCAAGUUUCGUCAGUGCGGUUCUACUGGAAUACCGCCACCAUGAAGCUUUCAAAUCCGGGAACCGUUCCCGUAUACACAAUUUCGGGCGCAUCUAGUGCCCGACCUCUGCCCGACUGGCUUGCGCGACGCAGAAAGCGAAGUUUGAAGGACGAUGCCGAAUACCAGAAUCGUGUCGAGCUUCUACAAGAUUUCGAGUUCGAAGAGGCUAGUAACUGCAUCCGGGUCAGUGAAGAUGGCGACUGGAUCAUGAGCACAGGCACAUACAAGCCGCAGAUUCAUGUUCAUAACCUACCUCAGCUGUCGCUGUCUUUCGCUCGUCAUACCAACUCCCUCAACCACUCAUUUGAGCUCCUGUCAACCGAUUACUCCAAAUCCCUUCACCUUCAAACCGAUCGCCGCCUCGAAUUCCACACUCCCAUGGGCUGCCAUUACGAAGUCCGUCUUCCAAGAUAUGGCCGAGCUCUUGUCUACGACCGGCAAUCUACCGAGGCUCUUGUACCAGCGGUCGGCUUGGAUAGCGAUGGUAAGGGCGAGGUGUUCCGCCUCAACCUUGAGCUUGGACGCUUCAUGAAGUCAUAUCAGGUCGAUGUUGGUGGUGACGAUGAACUUACUGGGGGCGGUUUACAAGGAGGUAUCGGGGUUGGUAGCGUCAACACGGCUGCUAUCGCAGAGAAUACUCAUAACUUGCUCGCUUUCGGAACUUCAAUAGGAACAGUUGAGUUUUGGGACCCCCGAUCCAAGUCCAGGGUCGCCUUGCUAGGAGGCCACGAAGGUGAAGUUACAGCAUUGGACUUCAGCCCUUCAGGCCUUUCUAUUGUUACCGGCGCUUCAAGUGGCAUGAUGCAGAUUUUCGAUCUACGACGACCCGUGCCCCUCAUGAAGAAGGAUCAAGGAUAUGGUUUCCCUGUGCACAAGCUCAUGCAUAUGACAACGGCAUCACAAGAAAAGAAAAUCCUGUCGGCGGAUAAGCGCAUCAUCAAGCUAUGGGAUGAGGAGACAGGAGAUCCUUGGACGUCCGUGGAGCCUAUAGUGGACAUCAACGACGUUGCAUGGUGCAAGAACACUGGUAUGAUCAUGACGGCCAAUGAAGGCAAGCAACAACAUGCGUUCUUCGUUCCCCAACUAGGUCCUGCUCCUAAAUGGUGCUCGUUCUUGGACAACAUGGUCGAAGAAAUGGCGGAAGAGGUGCACACCGAAACAUACGACAAUUACAAGUUCUUGACACUACCCGAACUGAAGCAGCUGAGCUUGUCCCACCUGAUUGGAAAGACCAACCUGCUCCGACCUUACAUGCACGGAUACUUUGUGGCAUCCAAGCUGUACGAGCAGGCUAGGUUGAUUGCCAACCCAUAUGUCUGGGAAGAGGAGAGGACGAAGCGUAUCAAGGAUAAGGUCGAGAAGGAACGUGCAAGCAGAAUCAGAGGUACUAAGAAGGUCAAGGUCAACCAGAAGAUGGUGGACAAGAUUCUCAAGAAGCAGGAGAACAGAGCUGAGGUUGACACCAAUGUUGGUGUUCUUGGUGAUUCCCGUUUCAGCAAGAUGUUCGAGGAUGAAGCCUUCCAGGUGGAUGAGACCACUGGAGAGUUCCGUGCUCUCAACCCAAGCACUGCGGUGGGACAGCAGGCCGAUUCGAAGGCCCCGGCCCGUUAUCAGGGUAAGGACUCUGACGAUGAUGCGUCCAGUGAUGAAGAUAUGGACAAGACAGUCCCCGCACCAAGGCGAAAGACCAAGGACGAAGACGUUGUCAUGCGUGUGUCAUCAACCAGCAACCAGGGACGGGCUGUCAAGGACACGGCGCUUGGCUCGAGACAGCAGAAGUCGGGGCGCACUCACCAAGCCCGAGGAGAGGUUGUUGGUGAGCGUCAAGUGUCCUUCAUUCCAGAGUCAAGGAGAAAGCAAAAGAAGAGAGAGGAGGAGCUGCCCGCUGAACCUCGGGACAAGCGAACUGGAGCUGCUCGACGCAGCGCCAGUGGCAACACGUUUAGACGGAUCUAAGAAGCGAGAAAGAAAAAACAGGCGCUUGAAUUUCAUUAUCAAAAUAGCAAAGGCGUUAAUGCUCAGUUCGUGGAGUAAAUAUGAGACAGCCCAUGCGUGGAAGGUUACUAUUUAUACAUGGAUGAUACCCGGAUCCUGUCCGUUGGAAACACCAAUUUGAGACCACAACCAUCAAAUACGUGGCUGACAACUUCUAUGACCACUCCUGCCACCGUGACUGCCAGUUGCACCCCACAGUGAGGAUCUCCCUCUGCUGCUGCUUUUCACUUCCUCGACCACUUCUUCUCCUUACGCUUUGCCUUGGCUUGAGCUAGACCCUUUUCAAGAUCUUCAGGUCGAAUUCUUGGUGUCGGAGGGACAUCAUCAUCAACAAUCCGUGUACGGUUACGAUGAGAUGGAACAGGCCCAUCUUUGACUGAUGAAGGGAACUCUGUUCUCCGCGGUGUGAGAGCCGUAACAACCUUGCGAGCAGACUUCCUGAUUGUCUCUCUCAUUGUCCAUUCGCGCCUCUUUGCUAUGAAGAAGAGGGCGGCUGUGGAGACUAUAACAAUAUUAGUGCAUGUUGACGAUUAGUAGUAGGGAGAGACAUACUGCCGAUCAAACUGACGACAACAACGACAACGAUGAUAGCAAUCAUGCCGCCUUGAGAGAUAGAAACUGAGUUGCCUGAGCUGUCGCCAGCAGCACCCGCCUCAGUGCCAGAGUCGGCGCUUGGAGCACUAUCAUCGUAGCUCUCCGACGCGAGCGGAAAAGGGUUACUUGUUGAAGACAUUGUCUUUGAGUUUGUGUAAGCUGGUAUAUGGGUAUGGCUGCUCGAGAAGCUGCACAAAAAGGUUCACAGAACCUAGGAAAUAUGAAAAGGUAAAAAUAUCAUGUAAUUAAGAUAGAAAGGCUAGGAAUUUUUCAAGAAUACCACCUCUUUGGAGAGGGCAGCCACUUGUAUAUACAUCUACAAAUCUCUGGUUCUUCAUCCCCCACA